AGAACCGUUGAACUUUCAUUUCAUCUUCUAACUUCAAACCCUCUCUUUAAUCGCUCCUCCUAUUUGUCUGAUACCACUCAGACACACAUUCUAUUCUUAAUGCGAAACUAAUCCGGUUAUCGAACCAUUGAUUUCUAUAAAAAAAAAUAGAGAAAAGAUCGAGUCUUUCUGCUGAUUGAUAUUUUCUGGAGGUGUGAAAAAGAAGAGAGCGGCUUUAAUCGGAGAUUGAGUUACGAUUUCUGUUCGGUAAAUAGAGAGUGAAAACAAAAAUGAAUGCAGUAGGACGGCAAAGAUCUGGAACGUCGACGGCGCAUCACCAGCGGCAAUACUCCGAUAACUUCCUGGAGAACUCAUCCAAUGGCAGAUGGCUUCAAUCAGCUGGUCUUCAACAUCUUCAAACUUCAAAUACCUCUAUUCCUCCUCCACAGGAUUAUGGAUACUAUGGUGGAGCUCAAGGCUCGAGAAUGUAUAGAGGUGCACAGAGGACUUACAGCGGAGGAAGCGAUCUCUUUGCGGAGCCUUUGACGCCGCCGGGUAAUCCUCGACAGUCAAGCCAGCGGAGGAACGGUGAUGAAGAAAUAUCUCCCAAUGAGUUCAGUCCUGGACUCUUAGAUCUACACUCAUUGGAUACUGAACUUCUACCUGAGAUGCCUGUUGCUGGCUUGUAUGAUGCUCCUUCCAUGCAUCAUUUUGGUCGAGCAAAAAGCUUUGAUGACUCGGAGCAAUUCCUUGCAAACAACAAGCAAACUGGUCGAGUUCGGGGCUUACCAGAGAGUAAUGUUUCUAAGAGUUUUGCUGUUGAUAAAGAAAAGGCCAGCAAUGUUGCAAAGAUCAAAGUGGUGGUGCGUAAGCGACCACUAAACAAAAAGGAAUUGGCAAAGACUGAGGAAGACAUCGUUGAAACACGUUUCAACUCUCUAGUAGUUCAUGAAACUAAACUCAAGGUUGAUUUGACUCAGUAUGUUGAGAAGCAUGAGUUUGUCUUUGAUGCUGUGCUAAAUGAGGAGGUUUCAAAUGAUGAGGUAUACCAUGAAACAGUAGAGCCCAUUGUCCCGAUAAUUUUCCAACGCACAAAAGCUACUUGCUUUGCAUAUGGGCAAACAGGAAGUGGCAAAACGUAUACCAUGAAACCACUACCUCUGAGGGCAUGUAGGGAUCUUUUGAGGCUCAUUCAUCAUACUUACCGGAACCAGGGCUUUCAAUUGUUUUUCAGCUUUUUUGAGAUAUAUGGAGGAAAGCUCUUUGAUCUCCUUAAUGAUCGGAAGAAACUUUGCAUGAGAGAGGAUGGUAAACAGCAAGUUUGUAUAGUUGGAUUGCAAGAAUACAGAGUCUCAGAUGUGGAGAUGAUUAAGGAGCUCAUUGACAGAGGAAAUGCAACUAGAAGUACUGGCACCACUGGUGCCAAUGAGGAAUCUUCCAGAUCACAUGCUAUUCUCCAGCUUUCUGUUAAGAGGUCAGCUGAUGGCAGUGAAUCGAAACCUCCUCGUGUUAUUGGAAAGCUCUCCUUCAUAGACCUUGCAGGAAGUGAACGUGGUGCAGACACUACUGAUAAUGAUAAGCAAACCAGAAUCGAAGGAGCAGAGAUUAAUAAAAGUUUGCUGGCACUGAAGGAAUGCAUUAGAGCGCUGGACAAUGACCAAAACCACAUUCCUUUUAGAGGCAGUAAAUUAACUGAAGUGCUGAGGGACUCUUUUGUUGGAAAUAGUCGUACUGUUAUGAUAUCUUGCAUUUCCCCUAAUGCAGGAUCUUGUGAGCAUACUUUAAAUACAUUAAGAUAUGCCGACAGGGUGAAGAGUCUCUCAAAAGGGAACAACUCAAAGAAGGACGUCUCAUCCUCAACAUUGAAUCUGAAGGAGUCAACAAAUUUAUCUUUUUCUGCAGUUGUACCUUCUACAUCAACAUUUGAAGAUGAUACAGGUGAUUCAUGGCCUGAACAAACUGAUAAAGAUGAAUAUGAUGAAGAUUUCUAUGAACAAGAGAAGUCUAUGUGGAAGAAGAAUGAGAAGCUUGACAGUUACAGCAUCUCCAAUUCAGAAGAUAAAAUGAAGAGAACAAAUGUUCAGACAAAGUGGAAGGAGCCACCUAGAACAGAGGCAAAGUAUUCAAACUCGGACGAUGAUCUGAAUGCUCUCUUAAAGGAAGAGGAAGAUCUUGUGAAUGCCCAUCGGAAACAAGUGGAGGAAACAAUGGACAUUGUUAAAGAGGAGAUGAAUCUAUUAGUUGAGGCAGAUCUACCAGGGAACCAGCUGGAUGAUUAUAUUUCUCGAUUAAAUGCAAUCCUUUCCCAAAAGGCUGCUGGCAUCCUGCAGUUGCAGAACCAGUUAGCUCAUUUUCAAAAACGUCUAAAGGAGCACAAUGUUCUUGUAUCUUCUGGCCACUAAAAGCUCUAAUUCAGUAUGCAUAGAAAAUUCAGAUGCUAUGCAUAUUUGCUUUGGAAUGAGGUGCCGUUGUGGAUCCAUUAAUGUGUUCAGUAAUGCACCCUUAGGUGUUAAUGUGGAAAGCAGAUGGCUUUCAGAAGUUUGGAAUAGCAACAUUCACAUGAUGAUUUUCUUCAGAAGAGUUUUUGAAGCCUUCUGUUAAUCUUGUCAUUGUUUAUUCAUUUUCCAUUUGAAAAGAAACAUAAAAUAGAUGCUUUUGCAAGGCUUUACAGCUUUGUGUUGUAAGAUUAUUAAUUGUUGAUUGAUCUGCUGAGCAGAAGAGGCAUUUGCUAAGUUUUGGGGGCUGAAAUUUGUUUAAUCUGAUCCAGCCUAUCAUUGACGAUUGGUGAAGACUGGCCAAGUCUGGUGUAAUUGAGAAUUGUGACUUUUGUAUACAACAGCUAAUAUUAGUUCAUUUUGGCUUAGUUCCAUAAGCCAAAUGGGCACUUGGAAUCUACUCAAUUACUUGA